CAGAUCUCGUGAUACUAGAACGAGAUCGACAGUUAGCCUGAGUCACUGCAGUGAGAUGGAAGUAGCACGUUAGCUUAGUUUUUUCUUCGUUUUGGUCACAAACAGUUUUGGCGACAUGCAGGUUCAAGAUUUUCCAGACUCUAAAACUGCUUUUGAAGUUUUUUCUGAAGAGAACAAACCAGAGAUGCCUGUCACCUUCCCGAAAUCUGCUUCUGACAGCCAUCUUCUGCAGUCUGACAUGCGGCUGAUGUUGGUGAAUAAGGAAGAAAUGCCCCUUGAACAGGAGGAGUUGAAUCUGAUCGUUGACCAGAAGGACAUUAAAGAGGAACAGUGGACAAGUCAAGAGGGACAUCAGGUUCAUCAACUGGAGGAGCUUGACACAAAGUUACCUUUCACUAUUGUCCUUAUGAAGAGUGAAAAUGUUGAAGAAAAACCAAAGGUUCUUCACAUACUUACUGAGAACACAAAGACGGAGCCUCUAAUUGGUAGCUUAAAUGCAGAUAGAACACUGACAGCAAAAGCUGAUGAAGUGGACAACAGUGGACCACAACCAAGUACUAACUUGAGUCCAUAUAGUUGUUUACAACCAAAUACUAAGUUCAGGCCUUCAGACAGUUCUGAAACGACCGAUAAUUGUGAAAGGAAGCAGAUCAAAGAACAUUGUUCAGGUUUUAACUGCCUGAAAAACAGUGACAUCUCUGGUGACAUCAGGAAUAAUUCCUCUGAAUGUGAAAAAGCAUUGCAUCACAUGAACUUUUCAAAGGAACAUGGGAGAAUGCAAGCCAGUGUAAAACAUUUUGGCUCUCCUGAGUGGGAUGAAAUGUGGAGACAAAAGGGCCACCUGACCAGAAAAAGAAGUGAUACAGGAGCGAAAAUGUUUGGUUGCUUUGAAUGUGGUAAAAGAUUCAGAGAUAAAAGCGAUCGGGACAGACAUAUGAGAAUUCAUACAGGAGAGAAGCUAUUUGGCUGUCCUGAGUGUGGAAAAAGAUUUCGAGAUAAAAAUAAUGUGAAUGUACACAUGAGAAUUCAUACUGGGGAAAAACCAUUUUGCUGCUGUGAGUGUGGUAAAAGAUUUGGGGUAAAAAGCAAUUUGAACAACCACAUGAGAAUUCAUACAGGAGAGACUCCAUUUAGCUGCUUUGAGUGUGGUAAAAGCUUUCAAGAUAAAAACAAUCUGAACAAACACAUCAGAAUUCAUACAGGAGAGAAACCACAUGCCUGUGCUGAGUGCGGUAAACGAUUUCAAGAUAAAGCAUAUCUCAACAUUCACAUGAGAAUUCACACAGGAGACAAACCAUUUGUCUGUUCUGAGUGUAGUAGAAGAUUUCGAGAAAAAGCCCAAUUGAAGAUACAUAUGAGAAUUCAUACAGGUGAAAAACCAUUUAGCUGCUCUGAGUGCAGUAAAAGAUUUCGAGAAAAAGCCUACUUGGACAGCCACGUGAGAAUGCAUACAGGAGAGAAACCAUUUAGCUGCUCUGAGUGUAGUAAAACCUUUAGAGAAAAAGCCCAUUUGGACAGACACCUGAAAAUUCAUACCGGUGAGAAACCAUUUGGCUGUUCUGAGUGCAUUAAAUGUUUUCGCGAAAAAGACAGUUUGAUGAGACACAUGAUAAUUCAUACCGGAGAGAAACCAUUUUGUUGUUCUGAGUGUGGUAAGCGAUUUGGAGGAAAAGGAGAAGUGAACACACACAUGAGAAUUCAUACAGGGGAGAAACCAUUUGGCUGUUUUGUGUGUGAUAAAAGAUUUCGUCAAAAAGGCCAUCUGGAUAACCACAUGAGAAUUCAUAAAGGAGAGAAAUCAUUUGGCUGUCCUGUCUGUGGAAAAAGAUUUCGAAGAAAAGGUGAUGUGACCAGACAUGUUAAAAUUCAUACAGGAGAGAAACCAUUUGCCUGUUCUCUGUGUAGUAAAGGAUUUGGAGAUAAGCGUGGUCUGAACAGACACAUGCAAACACAUACAGAACAGCCCCCAGGUCUGGGGCCCAUUGCAUUCUAUAAAAAAGAAAUCCAAGAGAGCGAAUUUGGUUUUAAGACCUGAAAAUGCAACUCAGCCAUUCAUGUCCAAUUUUAAAUAGCGAGGAAGGGUGAAUUACACUUGUGGCAGAAUGCACUCCAGCUGUACUUAUGCAUAGCUAUUCAGCCUUUCAGAUAUCACAAAACUGCCAAAAUGUAGUUUCUAUUGAAAUCCAAGCAUUAGAAUGUUUAUUUUUGUAAUGUGUUGCAAAAUUACAGCUUAUUUGAAUAAAAACAUUUUUCCUGGGUGGAAUUCCAUAAUAAAUACGAGGU